AAUAUAUUACAGUCUAGGGCUUGCUGCUGAAAAGCCCGCUGGAUCCUCCACUGACCUGCUGUUCUUUCCUGCUUUCCUCUUGCAUUUUUUUCCACAUUUAGAUUAAAAACAAAGCUCUCACUCUUUCUCGCUGUCCCUCCUUUCUGCCCUCCCUCCUUCUUCUUCUACUCCCGUUCCUUCUUUUCCUUCUUCUUCUUUUCUGCGGCAGCAGUCAAGGCAGAGGCUUCAGUGUGUCAGAGACAGGGUGAAGAGGAGGAAAAAGCAGAGACUAUUUGGAUGGAGCUGAGUGUUUGUUUAUGUUUGUAUGUUUCGCCAUUGGAAGGCCAGGUGAAGGGGCACGAGGAGAAGAAGGGAGCCUGUCUGGAUGAAAUUCUCUGUGUCAUGUCACUGAGUGGACCUUGACUGAUCACAGGGUGAGGAAAAGAGAGAGACACUGAGACGAAGACGAGGAGAGACUGAGACUCUAGUUUCACUGGGAAAAGAAGGAGAUAAAGUGUGGUGCUCUGUUUUAUCAUGACAUUGUUGGAUAAACGAAGUGACAGAUUGAGCGCUCGUCAGUCGUGUGCCAACAGGAAUUCAUCUUAGAAGACAGAGAAAGGUAGAACCAGGAAGGAAAGGAGGAGAGAGACCGUGGAAGUGUGAAGACUUCUGUGUUCAGCCCAACUGAAGAGCAAAGAACGGACUUGCUGAGUGUGCGUGUGCGUGUGGGUUUGUGUGUGUGGCUGUGUAACCGGUGGAGGGCAGAGGAGUGGAGGGCCAGGGGACUAACCUGGCCAUCAAACGGACUGGCAGCCUCUCCUCUCCUGGGAUCAUGUACCCUCAGGGCAGGCAUCCGGUCCCCUUGCAGCCCGGCCAGUCUUUCAAGUUCACAGUCCUGGAAACUCUGGAUCGUAUCAAGGAGGAAUUCCAGUUCCUCCAGGCUCAGUAUCACAGCCUGAAGCUGGAGUGUGAGAAGCUGGCCAGUGAGAAGACUGAGAUGCAGCGGCACUACAUCAUGUACUAUGAAAUGUCCUACGGUCUCAACAUUGAAAUGCACAAACAGGCGGAGAUUGUCAAGCGUCUCAGUGCCAUCUGUGCUCAGAUCAUCCCUUUCCUCUCUCAAGAGCACCAGCAACAGGUGGUCCAAGCAGUGGAGAGGGCCAAGCAGGUCACCAUGGCUGAACUCAACGCUAUUAUCGGGCAGCAGCAGCUCCAGCACCUGUCUCACCACGCCCCUGGUAUCCCUCUGACACCUCACCCAUCAGGCUUAUCCCUGGGUGCGGGGGGCUCAGGACUUCUGGCGCUGACCGGUGCCCUUGGAGUCUCAGCCCACCUUGCCUCCAAAGAUGAGCGCAACCACCUUGAUCCUGAACAUCUCAGAGAGGGAGCACCCAGCAGGAGUAAGUCUGUGUCAUCAACAGACAGUCAGCCCACAGAGGAGCGCCAGGGCCCAUCAGGAGGCUAUUCCUCUUCACAGGGUGGAGCUGAGGCCAAGAGGAGGCGCUGUGACGACAAGGAGCCUCUCCCAUCACAUUCCUAUGACAGUGACGGAGACAAGAGUGAAGACAAUCUUGUAGUGGAUGUCUCCAAUGAGGAGCCUAACUCUCCUGCAGGCAGCCCUCCUCGCUCCCCCCAUGGGAAUGGAUUAGACCGUGCCCCAACACUAAGGAAAGAGCUCCCAGGCUCCUCGAGCACGGGAGAGGCUCCCUCCACCCCAAACCCCCACAGUCCCACCCCGGGGAAGGCCAAGGACCCUGCACAGAUGGAUAAGUCUCAGUCUCCAUUGUCCAAAUCUGGCACCCCAUCCCCAUCCCAUCGUGAGGCCCUUACUCCUGGAGCACCAGGAGCUCCUGGUCCCAGCACCUCCUGCCUUCGUCUGGUCAGCAAAGCAGCAACCGGUGCAGACCCCCUUGAUUUUGGCGUGGUGUCCCACGCAGGACUGAAUGGUGAGCUGGCCAGCCCAGGAGGUUUCGGUGGGGCUCUUACUCUCUCCCCACAAAUCAGCGCAGCAGCCGGCGCCUACUCCCGAAGCCCCAUGGUGGCGUAUGACUCGCGGGCUCACCUGAGGACCUCUGGGCUGCCCUCCUCUCUGCCUGGCUCCUCUGGUGGCAAGCCCGCCUACUCGUUCCAUGUGAGCGCAGAUGGCCAGAUGCAGCCGGUGCCCUUUCCCCCCGAUGCCCUUUUGGGCCCGGGAAUCCCUCGCCACGCCCGUCAGAUCCACACCCUGAACCACGGGGAGGUGGUGUGCGCCGUCACCAUCAGCACCUCGACGCGCCACGUCUACACAGGAGGAAAGGGCUGCGUCAAAGUGUGGGACAUCAGCCAGCCGGGCAGCAAGAGCCCCAUGGCCCAGCUGGACUGUCUGAACAGGGAUAACUACAUCCGCUCCUGUAAAAUUCUCCCUGAUGGACGAACCUUGAUUGUUGGCGGGGAAGCCAGCACGCUAUCAAUCUGGGAUUUGGCCACACCUACUCCUCGCAUCAAGGCAGAGCUGACGUCAUCUGCUCCCGCCUGCUACGCUCUGGCUAUCUCCCCCGACAACAAGGUCUGCUUCUCCUGCUGCAGCGACGGCAACAUCGUCGUCUGGGACCUUCACAACCCGACUCUGGUCAGGCAGUUUCAGGGUCACACAGACGGAGCGAGCUGCAUCGACAUCUCCAACGACGGCACCAAGCUGUGGACGGGAGGGCUGGACAACACCGUCCGCUGCUGGGACCUUCGAGAGGGACGCCAGCUCCAGCAACACGACUUCUCCUCGCAGAUCUUCUCUCUGGGCUACUGUCCGACAGGCGAGUGGCUGGCUGUGGGAAUGGAGAGCAGUAACGUGGAAGUCCUGCACGUCUCCAAACCUGACAAGUACCAGCUGCACCUCCACGAGAGCUGUGUUCUCUCACUGAAGUUUGCCUACUGUGGAAAGUGGUUUGUGAGCACAGGAAAAGACAAUCUGUUGAAUGCAUGGAGGACACCAUAUGGAGCUAGUAUUUUCCAGUCCAAGGAGUCCUCAUCUGUGCUGAGCUGUGACGUCUCCCCAGAUGACAAGUACAUAGUGACGGGCUCCGGGGACAAGAAAGCCACGGUGUAUGAGGUGGUGUACUGAGGGCCUGGAUGAGAUAGGAAGGGACAGGGACAGGACUUUGGGGUGGUUUUUGGGGGGUGGCGGUAGCACACACACAGUUGCCCUGCCAGCUGCUCCCAAUCCUUAUUACAUCAGCGACAGCAGCAUCUCUGUCUCAGUCCUCAUGAACCUCACGCCUAACCUCACCCUCUCUGCCUGUUUGCUGUGAUAUAAGCUACUGUGAACAUCCCCAAAUUUCACCCCCUCCCCCUUCCACUUUUCACCCAAAGGAUGAGGCAUAAUAGUAGAUGGAGGCAGAAAGGGAAGCAGCAAGAUAAGAAGGACAAAGGAAAAGGGCAGUGGAGCAUAAAGAUAAAGUCAGGAGGAUAAAGAAGGAAGAGAGAAAGCAAGAGUGAGGAAGGAAGAGAAAUGAAAGGGAGGAAGAGUGAGGCAGGGUAAUUAGGGUUGUUUCCUGAUUAAGAGCUCAGUGGAAGGGAGGACCCCAGAGAAGGCGCGGAGUGGCACUGUGGGAGCGCCAGCCAGGAGCACUGAUACCACACAAUCGAUUCAUUAGCCAGACAGUGGAAGCCUUAAUGAGGCUGACGCCGCAGCUCACUCUCCCCAGCGAGAGGUGUCAGGAGCUGGGGAACAAUGACGCUCUGAGAUGGAGGGGGGCCGCUGCAGAUAUCCACAUACACUGACAUGAAACAUAGACCUUUUCACACAUACACGCGUCAUCAGGCAAGAAUACACACACUCGGAUACACCGCCCUGAGGUAAUCAUAGGAAGAGAAAAACACACAGAGCACCCAAUUAAAUAUUCAUCGCAGUGCUCCCUAUCUCACUGCUUAAUAUCUAUUUUAUUUUGGUCUGACAAAGGCAGUGUCUAAUGAGGAGCGGAGUCAGUGGGAUUCUCCUAGGGCCCAGAGACACAAACAGAGAACAUCGGCUGAGCGGCUCCCUCUAAUUCCUCUGGAUUGUUCUCCUGACACCUUGCGCUGCACUCACUCUCAUUAAAGGCACUGUCAGCUAGAUGAAGUAGCAGCACGCCAACUUCACUGUAAAGCAGACAAAAGGGCAAAUUAACACGCUAUCAUCAGCAACCAACUAAGCAGCUAACAGCAACUAAUCCAAUUCCUUUCAAAUUUUAUGCAACUACUUGCUGUUUUAUUUACAAAUCAGAGGAGAUUACAUGUUUAUCGUAGUCAUUAUCUCCGUCUCUAUCUGCCUGCUGAUGUGCUAAUGUUCAAACUGCUCUGGCUAAAUCUUGUUUGAUAUGCUAUUGCUAUUAAUUGAGAUGCUAAACACUUUAAAGAAAAAAAUAGAAAUUUUGUCAAAUAUGCUUAUUUCCUUUCUUAGUGAGAUUUAGAUGAGAAGAUACCACUCAUGUACUGUGUAAGUGAAGCGUGAAGCUAACGCAAGCAGGCUGCUAAUUUAGCUUCACACAAAGGUGGAAACAGGGAAACAGGUAGCUUAGUGCUAAUUGAAUCUAACAGAAUCCACUAAGAUCACUAAUUAAUACAUGAUACCUUGAGGAGGUAUCAAAGUACCUUGAGGUACAGCAAAUACCAAAGCGUAAAAAUGAGAAAUUGCAGAGUAUUUCUUGUUUGGGACCAGUUUUCCAAUAAGAGGAGACUCCACAAAGUUACUGGUGCUGUCCAGGACACAACCCCCACCCCCCGCCAAAAAAAUAAUAAAAACAAAUAACUUGAUUUACCAGUUUCACACACUGCAGCUUGUAGGGAUUAAACAAUUGAGACAUAACUUAUUAAUUGGUGAACUUUAAGAGGUGUUUGUAAGUGGAUUUUUUCCCCAGAUGGAGCUGGGCUAGCUAUUUCCAGUCUGUGUGCUAAGUAUGAAAGCAGCUAGCAGCUGGCCAGCUUCAUACUUGGCACACAGAUAUGAGUGGGAACAACAGACAUGGCAAAAGUAAACGCAUUCGUUACUCAAGCAGAAGUACAAAUACCCGUGUUUAAAAAAAAAAAAAA